GUUUAAACAGUUUCCAGUUGUGGCCUCGUGUUGAACUGUUUGCAUUGAAUUGAAAGCACCACAUGCAACUCCGUCCCCAUCUCUCCUCUCAGGAUGCGCCUGGUGAAAUUCAGGUCGCUGCGACGUCGGCGAUAAUCCAGGGAGAACAGGUUCAUGCGCUGAAGUCUCAGAGAAUAAGGCAAGUCUCGUACCUCAAAGGUAUUUUUCGAUCCCCGCCGUUGGACCUUCUCAAUGAGGUCACAUUCGAACUUGGUGAGAGGGAAGACGGCAGGUAAUCCGUAUUCAAGAAGGGGGCGGACAUGGGAAGUAAACAACAGUCGGAAGAUAUCCGGAGACAAACGCGAGAAGGCUCGUCGUAUGGCAUGGGACAUCCUGUUGACGGCAGCAACCCUUCGUAACGUGUCUUGUGUAGUCCGUAGAUCAGAUGACAGUUAAUUGAUAACUUCUUCGACGUGGCAUGCUGCA